AUGGCGACGAAAUUCGCCUUCAAGACGGAGCACGCGUUCGACAAACGAUCGAGCGAGAGCGCGCGCAUUCGCACGAAAUACGGCGAUCGCGUGCCCGUGAUCGUGGAGCGCGCGGAGAAGAGCGACAUCCCGGCGCUCGAUAAGAAGAAGUACCUCGUCCCGGCGGAUCUCACCGUCGGUCAGUUCGUGUACGUGAUUCGAAAACGAAUCAAACUGAGCGCCGAGAAGGCGAUUUUCAUCUUCGUGAAUAACGUUUUGCCGCCCACGGGAACGCUAAUGUCGGCAAUUUACGAGGAGCACAAGGAUGAAGACGGGUUCCUGUACAUCACGUACUCGGGCGAGAACACGUUUGGGUUCAACAAGGAUACGGAAUGA